GAGAUAAAACUAGUAGUCCAGUUCCAGUCUCAUACUCCGGUCCGGGGUUUCUCCCUCACCUUGCCUCCCUGAUCUGAUCUGAUCUGAUCCUGAUCCAGAGAUCCAGUCCGGGGUUCACCGCUCAGCCGCCGCCUCACGACAGGAAGUUGGGAUGAAAACAAGAACUAUACCGGAAACAGAACUGAUCCUCAGAAUGGAGUAAAACAUAAACACAGAGAUAGUUAUAUAGUUAUAUAGUUAUAUAGUUAUAUAGUUAUAUAGUUAUAUAUAUACAGAUAUAGUGGUUGUUUCUGAGCCGUCAGAGGAUGAUGAACACGGCGAGGAGCGGAGACAUCAUCCACCUGAAUGUCGGCGGGAAGAGGUUCAGCACCUCCCGACAGACGCUGACGUGGGUUCCUGACUCCUUUUUCUCCAGUCUUCUGAGCGGUCGGAUCUCAACUCUGAAGGAUGAAACUGGAGCGAUCUUCAUCGACAGAGACCCCUCUCUGUUCGCCACCAUCCUCAACUUCCUGCGGACCAAAGAGCUGUACCCCCGCUCCAUCAACGUGCACAUGCUCAUGCACGAGGCCGAGUUCUACGGCAUCACGCCGCUGGUGCGGAAGCUGCAGCUGUGUGACGAGCUGGACCGAUCCUCCUGUGGAAACGUGCUGUUCAACGGCUACCUGCCUCCACCAGUGUACCCGGCGAAGCGCCGCAACCGUCACAGCGUGGCGGGAUCGCAGUUCAUGGCGGGCCGAGUCGCGCCUGCAGAGAGAGCGCCGGUCAGACGCAGCAACACCAUGCCCCCCAACCUGGGGAACUCUGGGAUACUGGGCAGGGCCAGCACGGAGGAGAGGACGCCGGGAGGUCAGUUAUCAGAUACCGGCCUGGUUCGGAUCAUCUGUGGUCAUCACAACUGGAUCGCUGUGGCCUACGCACAGUUUGUCGUCUGCUACAGGGUGAAGGAGUCCACUGGGUGGCAGCAGGUCUUCACCUCUCCUCGUCUGGAUUGGGUGAUCGACAGAGUGGCGCUUAACGCCAAGGUGAUGGCCGGCUCGCUGGGAGACAACGACAAGAUGGUGGCCGUCGCCUCGGGGACGGAGAUCAUCCUCUGGGCCAUCUGCCCCGACGGCAACGGGAACGAAAUCGGCGUCUUCAGUCUCAACGUGCCGGUGGAGGCCCUCUUCUUUGUUGGUAACCAGCUGAUCGCCACCAGCCACACGGGGAAGGUCGGGGUUUGGAACGCCGUCACCAAACACUGGCAGAAUCAGGACGUGGUUCCCAUCAGCAGCUACGACACCGCCGGCUCCUUCCUCAUCCUCGGCUGCAACAACGGAUCCAUCUACUACAUCGAUGUGCAGAAGUUUCCUCUGAGGAUGAAGGAUAACGACCUGCUGGUGACGGAGCUGUACAGAGACCCGACUGAAGACGCCAUCACUGCCCUCAGUGUCUACCUCACUCCCAAAACCAGUGACAGCGGGAACUGGAUCGAGAUUGCGUACGGGACCAGCUCCGGGAGCGUCCGAGUCAUCGUUCAGCAUCCGGAGACGGUCGGCUCGGGACCGCAGCUCUUCCAGACCUUCUCCGUGCACCGCAGCCCCGUCACCAAGAUCAUGCUGUCAGAGAAACACCUCAUCUCAGUUUGUGCCGACAACAACCACGUGCGGACAUGGACGGUGACGCGGUUCAGAGGGAUGAUCUCCACCCAGCCGGGAUCAACGCCGCUCACCUCCUUCAAGGUCCUCAGCCUGGACGACGUGGACGGACACGGAGGCUGCAGCGCCGGGACAGAGAUAGGUCCGUACGGAGAGAGAGACGACCAGCAGGUGUUCAUCCAGAGAGUCGUACCGGACACCGAUAAACUCUACGUCAGGCUGUCGUCCAACGGGAAGAGGGUGUGUGAGGUGCGUUCGGUGGACGGCACCUCCAUCACGGCCUUCAUGGUCCACGAGUGCGAGGGCUCGAGUCGCAUCGGCUCUCGGCCCCGCCGCUACCUGUUCAGCGGCCACGGCAACGGCAGCAUCCAGAUGUGGGACCUGACCACCGCCAUGGAGAUCGCCGGCAAGGUCGACAUCAGAGCGCUGGGCGGGCCGACGGAGGAGGAGCUGCUGGAGCUGUUGGACCAGUGUGACCUGGCUCUGACCAGAACACCUGACAGCACACCGAGAGCCUCCACCUGCAGCCUCCACUCUCAGCUCAGCGACGUCUUCAGGAUGGAGCGUCUCCACUCUGCGGCGGGAGGACGAGGAGCCGGAGCGUCGGGUUCGUCCGCUUCGCUGUGCGGCAGCCUCCCCCGACAGGCUCCGCCUCCCGUGUCCCUCGCCAAACCUUCCCGAGACUCCACCCUCUCCGGCCCGCAGCCCCUCGCCAUCCCCGCCUACGCCCACAACUCCAGCCCCCGCCCCCUCAGACACGUGGACCGAGACAGAGAGUGGGGGUCUGUGCGCCGGGGGAGCUUCGUGGAGCGCUGCCAGGAGCUCGCCAAGGGUUCAGAGGCGGCAGCGGGCUCUGGGUUUGGUGUCCCGGCGGGGUCAGAGGGCGUCAGGCGGAGCUUAGCGGUGUGCACCGAGUUGGAGGCCAGAUUCGGCCUCAGGACCCCGACCACCUUCUCUGUGUCGCCCGGUGCACGCCACUCCCCAGGGACACCUUCAUCCCUGUCGUCGUCAUCAUCGCCGUUAUCCUCAUCGUCGUUGCACCGCAGGGCCACGCCCACUCCCCCGACAAGCCCCGCCCCCGCAGCCGUGAGCCCGACCCGGUCUCAGGCACCCACCUCACCUCGCCGCAGCGCUUCGACGUCUCCUGCUGAUCUCCCAGCUUCCCCUGUGAGCCCGGCAAUUCCGGAGAGCCCUGCGGACGCCAGCGCCGCCGCCGCCGCCCCGCCGAUCAGCCCCAAACCACACAUGAACGAGACCAGCUUCUGAUUGGCUGUUCAGACUGAGGCUAUGCAGAGUCAUGAAUGAGACCAGCUUCUGAUUGGCUGUUCAGACUGAGGCUAUGCAGAGUCAUGAAUGAGACCAGCUUCUGAUUGGCUGUUCAACAGAUGAGUGGAGAACUUCCUGUCACAGCAGACAGAUGUUUGGAUUUCUGUCUCAACAGUUUGAGUGACUAGCCAAUCAGCCGUCAAAUAGAGCACUGUCGCCAUAGUUACCGCACGCUGGUUGGUCGUUUCCGGUCGUGUCUAGAAGGUAACCCACAAGUUGUGAAACUCUACCGAGAUGGUUACGGUCAGGAUUAAUCGUCGGGGCAGCGAGUCUUUUGUGGGUUACUUUCUUGUUUCCUGGCUCCAACAUCAGGACUAACUAACUGAAACAGCAGUUUCUAAUUCUAAUUAAUAUAUAUUAAUAUAUUUAUAUAUAGAUAUUAGGGCUGUCAAUAGAUUAAAAUAUUUAAUCAUGAUUAAUCGCACAUUUUUUUAUCUGUUCUAAAUGUACCUUAAAGGGAGAUUAGUCC